AUGGAGGACAAGCCCGCACGGCCGCCGGUCACAUCUGUGCAAGAGACGCCUGCCCGGCCGGUGCGCGUGGAGGACCCCGUGGACUCCAUGCUGAAGGAUAUGGCCACCAUCAUCUUCUGCACCUUCCUCUUGGCUGGAUGGGUGGCCUUUGUCAUCACGUAUCCCAAGAGUGUGCACAAGCAGCAGCAGCUCCAGCACCAGCAGUUCCAGAGGCAGAUGGAGGAAAAGCUGGACCUGCUCCAGAGGCAGCAGCUGGUGUUCCAGCCUCCCUCCGACCUCCCGCUGGACCCGGCCGACUUCCUGGACGUGGUGCGGGCGCGAGCCGAGAGCUCCAACAACAGCAGCCCCAGCCUCACCCCCCGGGCCUCCAACCACUCCGACCUGUCCGUGCACGAGCUGGGGCCCUCCGGCCCCACAGCCAGUGUGCACAAGCAGCAGCAGCUCCAGCACCAGCAGUUCCAGAGGCAGAUGGAGGAAAAGCUGGACCUGCUCCAGAGGCAGCAGCUGGUGUUCCAGCCUCCCUCCGACCUCCCGCUGGACCCGGCCGACUUCCUGGACGUGGUGCGGGCGCGAGCCGAGAGCUCCAACAACAGCAGCCCCAGCCUCACCCCCCGGGCCUCCAACCACUCCGACCUGUCCGUGCACGAGCUGGGGCCCUCCGGCCCCGAGCAGGACGACGCAGGAGAUGAGGAGUCCAGUAUUGUCCGAGUCGGAAACAUCUCCUUCAGUCCGAAAAACGUGCUGGGACAUGGUGCUGAGGGAACCAUUGUGUACAGGGGUCAGUUUGACAGCCGCCCCGUGGCGGUGAAGAGGAUCCUCCCGGAAUGCUUCAGCUUCGCCGACCGCGAGGUUCAGCUGCUGCGCGAGUCGGACGAGCACCCCAACGUCAUCCGCUACUUCUGCACCGAGCGCGACCGGCAGUUCCAGUACAUCGCCAUCGAGCUGUGCGCUGCCACGCUGCGGGAGUACGUGGAGCAGCCGGGCUUCCAGCGUCACGGCCUGGGACCGGUGGAGCUGCUGCAGCAGACCAUGUCUGGGCUGGCACACCUGCACUCGCUGAGCAUCGUGCACCGGGAUCUGAAGCCACACAACAUCCUGGUGUCCAUGCCCAGCGCACACGGCCGCGUGCGGGCCAUGAUCUCAGACUUCGGCCUGUGUAAGAAGCUGGCCGUGGGCCGGCACAGCUUCAGCAGGAGGUCGGGCGUGCCGGGCACUGAGGGCUGGAUCGCUCCCGAGGUCCUGAGCGAAGACUGCAAGGACAACCCGACCUGUACAGUGGACAUCUUCUCCGCGGGCUGUGUGUUUUACUACGUGGUCUCACACGGCUGCCACCCCUAUGGCAAGGCCCUGCAGCGGCAAGCCAACAUCCUCCUGGGAGCCUGCAGCCUGGAGCGGCUUCAGACAGACCGACACGAAGGCAUCGUGGCCACUGAUCUCAUACUGCAGAUGCUGAGCAUGGAGCCCCAGAAGAGACCAUCUGCUGAGAGCGUGCUCAAACACCCCUUCUUCUGGAGCCUGGAGAAGCAACUGCAGUUCUUCCAGGACGUGAGUGACAGGAUAGAGAAGGAGCCGCUGGACGGACCAAUCAUCCGGCAGCUAGAGCGAGGGGGGCGGGCAGUGGUGCAGGGUGACUGGAGGGAGCACAUCACUGUCCCCUUACAGACCGAUCUGCGCAAGUUUCGUUCAUAUAAAGGCGGAUCAGUCCGGGAUCUGCUCCGAGCCAUGAGGAAUAAGAAGCACCACUACCGGGAGCUGCCCGCAGACGUGCAGGAGACGCUGGGCUCCAUCCCCGAUGAGUUUGUGUCCUACUUCACCUCCCGCUUCCCCCACCUGCUGCAGCACACCUACAGGGCCAUGCAUACCUGCGCACACGAGCGCCUCUUCCUGCCUUACUACCACUGCAGAGGGACCCCGACAGAAGCCAUGCCAGCCCCCACACUCACCCACCCUGCCUCCCCCCAGCCCAGCCCUGCCUCCCCCCAGCCCAGCCCAGCGCUGGCCCGUCCAGGAGGCCCGGAGAACGGACUCCGUGGCUGGCCGCCUUCCCCCGCGCCGGUGGGUGAAGAGCCUGCAGCGCUCGGACCUCGCCUCCGGGGGGCGCCUCCCCUUCCCAAGUGCCUUCGCUGCGUCACUGUGGAGCCGGGAAACGGCACUGCCUAG